CAGGAAGUUGUGGCCGCGAUGCGUCCAGGGUGAUGCAGGUCGCCUGCCCCGCGCCCCACCACCACAGCCGCCUCCGACCCUGCUCUCAAAUUUGAGGCCCAAACCCUCCCGGCCCCGUCGCCUUGCCGCCGGCCGCGCGCUCCCUCUCUCCGACGAGCCCUCCGCCUCCGCCGCCCGCUCCCUCCGCAGGCCCGGGCGCCGCGCAUCCGGUCCGGUGCGGGUGUGAGAUCCACCCCGGCUGCGAGUUGGUUCCUCCUCUCGUCGGAAAGUUUUUGUGUGCUUCAUCCAUGAAGAGCUAAAGAUAUCACAUGAACAGUGCCAGUUAGUCUGCCUUUGCUCUGUGCUUGAUCCUGAUUGUGUUGUGCUUUGCCUUUGCGAAGAAAGGAAUCAUGACUUCUGUUGUUCAUAGUGUUUCAGGUGACCACAGAGCUGAGGAUCAACAUCAACAGCAGAAGCAAGCUGAACCUGCGGACCAGCAAGAAGCCCCAGUUACUAGUUCAGAUAGUCAACCAACGGUGGGCACACCAUCAGCUGAUUAUGUGGCUCCCUAUGCCCCUAAUGACAUGGGCCAUGCAAUGGGUCAAUAUGCCUACCCAAAUAUUGAUCCAUACUAUGGAAUCCUAUAUGCGGCUUACGGUGGACAGCCAAUGAUGCAUCCACCGUUGGUCGGAAUGCAUCCGACUGGCUUACCUUUGCCUACUGAUGCAAUUGAAGAACCUGUGUAUGUAAAUGCAAAACAAUACAAUGCCAUUUUAAGGCGACGCCAGUCUCGGGCUAAAGCUGAAUCAGAAAGGAAGCUUAUCAAGGGCCGUAAGCCCUAUCUCCAUGAGUCACGUCAUCAGCAUGCCUUGAAAAGGGCCAGGGGAGCUGGAGGCAGGUUUCUCAAUUCAAAGUCAGAUGACAAGGAAGAGAACUCUGACUCGAGUCACAAAGAGAAACAAAACGGAGUUGCGCCCCACAAGAGUGGCCAACCGUCAACCCCUCCGUCUCCCAACGGUGCAUCUUCAGCUAAUCUGGCCGACAGUCACCAAUGAGGCUUCCAGAACUCACAGUCGAAGAGUUAAGCCCCUGACGCUAGAUGUGGCAACAGUUCUGUACAGCAAGUGCUAGUGGGCAACAGCAAGGAUGGUGUCGGUUGGUUUGUGGUAGGACAUGUUCCAUAGAAAAACAUAGACGAGUCAGACAGGUUUUGCAGUUUGGUUUGGUCCUCUCAGUUUAUUCACCUUUCUGUACAAUUCGAGUAGCAUUGUGUCCUCAUGGAUAGCUCAGUCAGUUCUUCAGAAAGCCUUUGUAGCAUAUCAGCCCAUUGUUUGUUGCUUGGAGAUUUGGGAGUGGAGUCCAUAACCUGCUGUCCUGCAUCAUCAUUUGCAGUACAGAAUAAUCGCUGGCUAUGUGUAUGUUGAUGACAAUAAACCCUAAAGUAGGACAUGUGAGCACCUCAUCUGAAUCUUAGCUUUGUUUCCUCUGCAUACAU